AUGUGGCCGACCGAGUCUGAUCUUGAACCUCUCGAUGCUAUUAUCGAUCGAAUGAAUCCGAUCUCUGGGUUCCCUUAUCCGAUGAAAUCUGCCGUCAAUCAGGGAUUUCCAAGAGGAGUUGGUGAUCCGUGGAUUGGUGCAUACACGAAGAAUGGAUAUUGGUUCAAACUAUCAUGGGGAGGAGAAGACGAAUGGAAAGAGGUUGCAAACGAGAUGUGGUACCGUAAUGAGUUUCUCGUAGAUGCGAAUACUUUUGACCUGUAUCAAAAAGCUAUGAGUUCAAGUGGAGAUGUUGAGACAAAUGAGAAUUUGAAACUUCUUGUGGCGAAGAAUAUUCGCAGGGAAGUACUCGGACUCGUGCUUCUCUCCAAGAAUGAAAAUUCAAAAUUCUCAACAAUCGGAUCUAUUUUCGUGCAAGAAGACUUUCGACAUGUUGGAAUUGGAACUAUUUUGAUGAAGGAGAUUAUGCAGAACGAAGGAGACAUUGGUUUCAAUUCAAUUUCCUAUCUUCUACCGACAACUGAACGAUUUAAAUUAGAGGCGAGGAGUAUGAGGACAUUUGGAAGGAUUCGAGUCAAAAAUCCCAGUGGUUUCGCUAGUUUGAAGGACGACAAGCCUGGAGUUGAGAUUGUAUCUGGAACGGAGUUGACUGGACAACAAUGGGAGAAAGUGGUGGAAUUUGGGGAGAGUUGUACGAAUGAGAAAAGAAAUUGGAAGGCUUUCAUUGAGGAGAGAGAAAGGAAUAGUCUAUUGGUUGCAGCGUUUGAGGAGGGUUCCGAUGACUGCGUCGGCAUCUCAGUUCUCCGUGAAAUACUGAAUGAAGAUGGUCGAAUUCCUGACUUGAUGGUGGCUCCUCUCUACGCAAAAUCUACUUCAGUUGCAGAGGUUUUGCUCCAAAAAACUUUGAAAAAGUAUUAUAACCCUGAAGACGAUUAUGACUUCGACGUGGAUUACCUUGCCAUUUACCGUCGAUCUAUCAACUUUUUCAUCUUCUCUUCUUGUGAAUCUGUCAUGUUUCCAUUACUGAAAAAGUUGUCUGGGAGUGAUGGGAAGAUGGAAAAGGAUCGUCGUCCGAAACCAGUCAAGACAACGAUGAAACCCACUUCUACUGCAACAACUGUAGAUGUGGGAAUAGCUGAAACCGCUGCGGCCACUGACACAUCUGAAGAUCCUAAAAGUUCUACUUCUGAAAUCGCUAUGCCCACUGAAACAUCUGAAAUUACUGAAAGUUCUACAUCUGAACCCAUAGAAAUAAGCAACUGUGAGAAUUGUGACCUGGAAGCUCGACAUUCGUGUUUUAUCAGUCUUCAUAUUGAUUCAAAUGCCACUUCUGAAUCUUUUAAUCCAGAUUGUGUACUAUGUGAAAACUGUUGUGACGAUGCGUUUCUUCAUAUAUGCGAGGUUUGGAAGAGUCACGAUUUCUGUGACAUGGAAUGGUAUUCUCGUGACACAAAACUGAUUUUAUGUGGAAAAACUUGUGGGCUCUGUUAA